UCCCAGGCCUCUUGGCUCAUCCCGGGCAAGGCGGGGUUUCCAGCCGCUUAUUCCCCCAGGAUGCGUGGGCUGGGGAGCAGGCGAGCCCUCGCCUCCCGCCUUCUUCCUGCUAUAUAGCCCUGAGUGCAACCUCCCCCCAAAGCAGAGUCCGUGCAUCAGCCCGCCGGUGGAGGGAGAUUGAAGUCAGGGCUGGCAAACGAACAGACACCGGUCAGAGAAGAAGAUGCUAAAAUCAAUGCCCUUUUUCUAUAGCAGUCCUCCAAAACCUGCUAAAGAUAUUGAAAGCAAGAAGGCAGCCAAGCCUUCGACAUCAUCUGAAUCAGAACCUGAUUCAGUGUCAAUUGAAUUAUCCUCUGAAGAAGCCCAUCCUAAAGACAACAUGAAAACUGAAAACCACAGGCUGACUCCCUCCCUUGAAUAUUUUCCUCAAUCACCUUUGGAAGUCACUGGAACAGACCAUGUUAAAGAAAAGCAUAAAAAAGGACUAAGGAAAAAAAUUGUUUAUUUAUUUGACAGAGGUGGGAAAAGCAAAGAAAAGAAACCUCAGAAGGAAAACUGUCAACUGGUUACAGCUGACCAAAUCAGAAAGCUGAUUAAGGACCAAAAUUUUUAUGAAGCCAGUCAACAUCUUCUUAUCAUGCAAACAGAAUCCAACAGCAAUCUGGAUAGCAGAAGCGAAGAAGAAACACUAGGCAAUCAGACUGAAAUUGAAGCUUUAUUUGAAGUUUUAAAGCAAGCGGUCCUCAGCAUCAUACAUUCAUCUAUCAGCAUAGCAUCAGCACAGCCAGAAUUACUGAAUAAUGCAGUGAGAACAGUAAUUAACCAGGUGGUGGAGGAGGAGAGAUCUCUGUAUUCCCAACCCAGAAAGUGGAAAGAGGAAUGGAGGAACACUAUCCAGAAAUCUGUAGAAGAACGAAUGAAAGGGCCUCCUUUGGUUGAUAACAAGGGCCUCUCUACCACUGCUAACAGUUUCUUGCAUAUGGGGAAGACUAUGAAGGAGGACAUGAUCACGGUGGUGCAGCAUAUUAAACAUCAUUAUCCUGAGCAUUUUCAGGUGUGCAACACUUACGCCAAGUUCUACCACCAUUGCUUCUCUUCUCAGAUGGAGAUGUUUGCUCAGUUUGAAUUGAACAAUCAAGACAUUUACCUUCUCCUCACCUGGGUGCAGAAUUUAUAUCCAAAGGAAAUAAAAAAUCACAGUGCUUUAGUCAAAGAGUUGGAUGAAGCUAGUCUUGGAAGCUUGUUGCCACUGAGAGAGAUCAAACAGCUUGAAUUGACUUAUUUGACGGAUGAAGUGGAUUCUGUUGAACGUUGGCUGGUCAAGUGUUUGGAAAUGGAAGUCAAGAGAUGGAUGCAAGGGACAGAACCAGAGAAAUUGGAUGGUUAUUUUCAUAGUGAAUUAUCAAUAGAUGCCAUUCAGACUAUCUAUGGAGCACAAAAGCGUGCUGAGGACAUCACUCCAGAGCUGGGCAACCAAAUGUCAGUCUUGCUUUUGACAAAACUCUUGACCUUUCUGCAAAGCUACAGGAAAGAACUGGAGAUGUUCAUUAAAGAAAAUAAACACAACCAAUAUUUUGAAGCGAUAAUAAUUGCAAACAUUAACAAUUGUGUGAGUUUCCGGACCCAUACAGAGAAAAGCACAGACUCAGCUGAGAGUGAUGUUAAAACAAAAAUCUUUUCUACGCUUAAUGAUCUUCAGAACAUUGGGUUUGAUGUGUUCCUUCACCGCUUGUUUCGAGAGUUACAGCCUCUUUUUAAAAAGUUUACUGAGAAGAAAUGGGCCUUCUGCACUGAUGUUAUGGAUGAAAUAAUUUCAGUCACGGAAGCCCGUACCUGUCUAUUCAAAAUGCUUAAAAAGCCUCAUCGCCAGGUUGUCAUGCAAAAAAUUCACCUCCAUCUAGUCCAAGAGUACAUUUUCAGGCUUAUGAAGAAGAAAGUCAGCUUCAGAUCUUCAGAACAGCAAAACCAAUUGUCUAAACUUGUCCGACGUAAUGCUUCCAUUUUGUACACAUUUUGCACAGAGAACGGGUCUAAUGCCACAUGGCUGAAGUCUGUUCUCCCAAGCCUGUCUGAAAUCAUCAGACUUCAAGAUCUAGAUGCUAUUAUGGUUGAAGUCAGUGUGCUUGCCACUAAAUAUCCUGAUUUCAGCAAGAGACAUCUGUCUGCCAUCUUGUACAUCAAGGGCAACCUAUCCAGUGCUGAGUUGAAAAGCAUUCUGAGUGUGCUAAACAUUCGGGGAACUGCCACACUGCCACCAUCAUCACUGUUUUCAAACAUCAGGGCACUAUAGAUUUGUGCCAGAAGCUUAACUGGGAUAAUUUCCAUUUAUGGAGAAGUUGUAUUUGAUAAAGUCCCACUGCCUGGCAGAGUUGUAUAACUCAAAAAUCAACCCUGGAAACAACAGUGAAGCUGGGAUAGAAUAUAACACAAUAUAUGUUCAUCUUGCAGAGUAUCCAGCAUUUCCUUGCUGCCUCAUUUUCCAGUAUAAAAACUGGGGGCCAGAUCUCCUCCAAACUACCUCAUUCAGGUGGUACAGAAUUUCUGCUAUUUGUUAAAGCAUUUGGCUGGAAAAACUCCAUGUUUUGCAUAUGAUUUCUCUGGGGGACAGAUGGAAUGAAGAGAACAAAGACCUCUGUGAAACUGGAGAGGAAACAGCAUGAAAAGAACACUUUAGAUAUAGUCUUAGUUAAGAAACAUCCAGCAAAAGCUCUCAGAAGCUGCUCCUUUGGGUAGAAAAUCCUUCUGGAUAUUAAACAAAUGACCAUAUGAAAAUCAAAUGUAAAUUGAUCUUUGCCUAUUAGCAUAUCUUUACCAAAAGCCAGUUUUAACUCAGCAGUUGAUUUAAAGCUACUGAGAUAAGAGCUGGUGUGGUGCAGCAUUACAGAACUGACCAGAGGCUGCAUUCAGAGUCCUACUUAGACAUAAAGUACAAUGGGUGACUUUCGGCCAUUCAUUCUCCCCUUCCCUAAGCUACCUCACAAGGUUGUGAGGAAAUAAAUGGAUGAUCGCACGUAUGGUGCUUUGAACAGCUGAGAGACAGUAUAUAAAUUUUAAUAAUAAUGUCUGUACACAAUACUUGUAAAUACAAGCAUGGUGCUGUAUAUAGUGUGCUUUAAUUUUAGCUCUGAUAUUAAGUGUUUUUCUAAUUAAGACAUUUCUAUGAAAAUAUGUUCUCUCAAAUGUGCAUUAAAAUGUAAUUAAUUAUUAUAACAUAGUUCCUCCCGUCUCCAGGACAUAUGCACAUACAAUCGUAGUAGUCAUACUGGGCCCCACAGGAAAGAACAUCCAUGUAGCUAUUGUAAGUUCUGUCAGAGGUCUCAUGGAUACUUCAUAUUCUGGAAUCAAGAGUGUAGGAGAAAAAAAAUUGAAUAUGAUAGAGUGAGAAUAAAAGUAUGGGCUUCCAAAAAGAGCAGCGUUUAGAUUUCCCAAAGAAUUUUUAUAUUUUGAAAGUUAUUUUCUAUAUCGUUGACUGUACUUUCUUUCCAAGGACAUAGCAGAUCAGAGAACAUUUUUGGAGCAUUUGUGCUUUCUCUUCUACCAAGUAAAACACCUUCCUCUGUUUAUCAUCUCAAAUCAAAAUUUUAAACCAAUAUUUUUAUCAAAACAUCCUAAAUUAAGAUCUUAUUUUUUUUAUUACAGUCCACACGAGUUUUAGCAUUCUCUAUUGACUUUAGUUGGCUUAAUUUUGCCUCACUCAGUGUAAUGCUAUGUGCAUUUCUAUGAACAUCAAAGUCUUCCCAAAACAUUACAAGACAAAAAUAAAAUUAAUGCACGAAUGUAUUUAUAAUCUCUGUGCAAUUUUGUAUAUGCACAUCAGACCUCUGGUGAAUGUCAAGGAAGGUUAGAUGCAACAAUAAAGGGAAAAAGGAA